AUGACGGAUAUGGGAAAUGAUGAUGCGGUACCUAGAGUCACCGAGCAAAUGAGGGAAGUGAUUGCCGAGGAAGUAGGAAAGGCAAUCGAAAAUAGCUUAUCUGGUUUUAUUGAUAAGAACCAAAAUACGAUACUAUCAGUUGUUGACGAGAGAGUCAAGAAAUUGGAAGAUAAUGCUAAUGUAGCUAAGGAGAAAUUGGGAGAGCGUAAGGGCUGCUCGUACAAAGAAUUUAUGGCAUGCAAACCACCACUCUACAACGGAGAAGUGGAUCCGAUAGUGUGCCAAAGAUGGUUGAGUGAUAUUGAAGUGGUGUUUGAGAGAACCCACUGUGACACGAAUGACUUCGUAGCUUAUGGCACGGGUCAGCUGAGAGGCCAAGCAAAAGACUGGUGGGAUAAUAAGAAAAAGGAAAUUGGUAGUGAAGCGGCGAAGGCGAUGACAUGGGACGAGUUUAAGGUACCAUUCCUUAAACAUCACAGUCCCAAAGCGGUUAUCAAUCGAAUCAAAGAAGAAUUUAUUCAGCUUAGACAGAAGGGCGGAUCUAUUGAUAAGAUCAUGGGGAUCUUUCUCGACAAACUAAGGGUUUGUGAUGAGUUGGUGACAUCCGAAGAACAGAAGGUGUAUUAUUAUUAUAAUAUGCUAAGCGCAGAGUAUCGGGAGUUCGUGACUCCCUCAAAAUACGAGACCCUCACCGAAAUCAUCAAUACCGCCCGAGAAAGGGAGAUAGAGUUAAAGAAACAAAUUGAAAGGGGUGAAAGAAGGGCGCAAGUGGUUAAUCCAAGCCCUACGAAAAAGGCACGCACGACUGACUCGUCCAAGAAGCAAGAGGGAAAAAGUAAUUCACCAAGUUGUAAAGUAUGCGGGAAGGGGCACAAGGGUGAGUGCCGGUUCAAGGACAAGUCGUGUCCUAUAUGUGGGAAAACAGGGCACACGGCUGCGCUGUGCCCGGGAAAGGUGUCAGUGUGUUACAAAUGUUAUCAGCCGGGUCACAAGAAAUCUGAGUGCCCGGAGUUGGUCGGAAAGAAAGAUGACAAGGAUACGCACACUGAGGCACCAAGAGCAAAAGCAAGAUCCUUCCAGUUAACAGCAGUGGAGGCGAAAAUGGAGCCCGAUGUGGUCUCAGAGGUAGAAAUAUGUGAUAACAAAAAUUUCCUCGUGUGUGAUAUAUGUCGAGAUUGUAAGAUAAGCAUUGACGAUGAGGAAUAUUCAAUAGACUUGAUUCCUAUGUCAAUGGGAGAAUUCCAAGUAGUGGUCGGGAUGGAUUGGUUAUCCCGACAACAUGCGAAAGUCGUAUGUUUCCGCAAGGAGAUAAAAUUAACAUCUCCAAGUGGAAAAUCGGUUACCAUAUAUGGCGAGAAAGGGGGUAAUCCCGUUAUGUGCACAAUGCUAAAAGUUCACAAGCUCAUGAGGCACGGUUGUAGGGCAUUCAUGAUAUAA